CAAGCUGCAUUGAGCAUGCUCCUGUUGGAUGAAAAUGAACCAGAGAGACCAGAGGAACAAAAAGCUAGUGCUCCGCCACCUGCUUCAAAUGAAGAGGAAGCUUCUGAAAAUGGUGUUGUGAAAACGAAGACAACAGAGGCUGAGGAUGACAGUGACAGUGACAGUGAUGAUGAUGAGGAUGAUGUUCAUGUCACCAUAGGAGAUAUUAAAACAGGUGGUCCACAGUAUGGCUAUGGAACGGCUCCUGUGAAUCUCAACAUCAAAACAGGAGGUCGAGUUUAUGGAUCUUCUGGGGGAAAAAUCAAAGGAGUGGAUCUUGAUGCACCAGGAAGUAUUAAUGGUGUUCCACUGCUUGAAGUAGAUUUAGAUUCUUUUGAGGAUAAACCUUGGCGAAAACCAGGUGCUGAUCUUUCAGAUUAUUUCAAUUAUGGGUUUAAUGAAGAUACCUGGAAAGCUUACUGUGAAAAACAAAAGAGGAUACGAAUGGGACUUGAAAUGUUACCAGUUACCUCAACUACAAAUAAAAUUACGGCCGAAGACAAUUCUAUGGAAGUUACACCAGGGGCAGAGAUUCAAGAUGGCAGAUACAAUCUUUUUAAGGUACAGCAGGGCAGAACUGGAAAUAUGGAGAAAGAGAUGGCCGUGCAAUCAACCAAAGCUGAGUUUACAUCUCCUCCCCCCCUGUUCAAAUCAGGAAUCCCGACAAACAGAAACAGCGCCUCUUCUCAGUCACAGACAAGCACUGCUUCCAGAAAAGCUAGUUCAGGCAUCGGGAAGUGGCAGGAGCGCUAUGGGAGGGUCGAAUCACCUAAACUAAGGAGAUUGUCUGGCACAAUAGAUGUGAUUGGGCAGACCAUAACUAUCAGCAGAGUGGAAGGAAGGCGGCGUGCCAAUGAAAAUAGCAACAUACAGGUUCUUUCAGAAAGAGCCAGUGCUGACGUAGACAGUUUUACCAAGCCACCUCCAUUUUUCCCUCCAGGAGCUCCGCCCACCCACCUGCCACCGCCUCCUUUCCUUCCACCCCCUCCAACUGUCAGUACUGCUCCUCCUCUAAUUCCCCCACCAGAACUGAGAAAGAAAUACAAUCUGCACAGAUCCUCAAGCAAAAGUUUUCAAAUUUGGAUGCCAAAAUGUAUACCAAUAACAGUGCCACCACCAGGUUUUCCUCCCCCACCUGGAGGUCCACCACCUUCUCUUAUACCAACAAUAGAAAGUGGACAUUCCUCUGGCUAUGACAGCCGCUCUGCUCGUGCAUUUCCGUUCACUUUUCCGCACCUUGCAGGUUCUGCUCCUUCAUGGCCUAGUCUUGUGGACACAAGCAAACAAUGGGAUUAUUAUUCACGAAGAGAGAAAGAUAGAGAACGAGAGAGAGAUAGAGAUCGAGAGAGGGAUCGGGAUCGAGAUCGUGAUAGGGAACGAGAACGGACCAGAGAGAGAGAGAGGGAACGUGAUCACAGCCCAACUCCAAGUGUUUUCAACAGUGAUGAAGAGCGAUAUAGGUAUAGAGAAUAUGCGGAAAGAGGCUAUGAACGUCACAGAACAAGCAGAGAGAAAGAGGAACGACACAGAGAAAGGAGACAUAGAGAAAAAGAAGAGACUAGACACAAAUCAUCUCGAAGUAACAGCAGGCGUCGUCACGACAGUGAAGAAGGGGACAGCCACAGGAGGCACAAACACAAAAAGUCCAAAAGAAGCAAAGAAGGAAAAGAAGCUAGUGGUGAACCUGCCCCUGAACAGGAAAAUACUGAAGCUGCGCCUGUGGAAUAGUCAUGAGUGAUAUUUGCCUACUUGCAUAUAUAUUAGUGCCAGAAAUAGAUUACUAUAAAUCUUGUUAUUUUUCUGGGUAUUAAAGAAAUUUACUCUUAAUCUUGUUCUGUUAGUACAAAAUAUAAGGUUAAUUUGUUUUUUGAAAAUAAAAGAGUGAAUUUUUCAUGUUAAGUUAA